AGGCCGUUUGGAGGCAUGCGACGCAACGGUUCCGCGUCCGUUCCGCCUCCAACCCGGGGAAGGCCUUCCGCUAGUCGCCACGCGGGGACGACAUUCCGCAACGACGACGGCAACGAAAGACGGCGACGGCGACUGAACCCAAAGCCCCUCCGCACCCCUCCCCACCUCCGGCGGCCGGAGCAAGGUCCUACCCUGCCGCAUCGCCCCAUCCCCGGCCGCAUCGCCCCUUCCCCAAGCCUCUCCCCUACCCGUCGCCCCCUCCCGACCGCAUCGCUCCCUCGCCGACCGCAUCGCGCCGGUGAAGACGACGGUGUUCUCGAUCUACAAGAUUUUCUACGGGAGGGGUUUCUUGCUCCAGAUCAAAGAACCUUAGCCCGUGGAGUGACCUUAUCAGAGCACGUAUUAAUAAUGGCAACUGCAGUAUUCAUUCCGAUAUUGCCAAAUUGCAAACACUGUCAAAAACUCGGCGAUGGAGAAAGCAUAAGACAUAGAUGAUCCACCAAGGGAGGAGUAGAAGAAGGCAAUGCAAAAAAAAGCUCAUGGAGAUGUUGCCAACGAGAUAAAGAUUGGAUUUCAUGUUACAAACUUCUAUGCUGCUCAAGUUUAAUUAAUGUUAUCUGGUUUGGCGCAGUUCAGAUAAUUGACAUGUAUUAAUUAUUUGCUGCAAGAUGUUUCCUUUUGUAAGAUUUGCUGCAAGACUUUCUACCUUUUAAUUAAUUCUGCCUGGAGAUGUAAAGAUUGAUGUAUGCUUGAUGCCUAAUUUUCUUUUCUUUUCUGAACAUAUCAUUAUUUCCAUGCUGUCUACUAUGAUGUCGUGUUGGUUAUUUGCAAUUAUAUUUAUGAUUGGUGUAACAUUAUUCA